AUGCAGGUGGGCGGCGUCAGCCACGGGGACCCGCGGGCAGCAAACCCUCUCCCUUGCAAGCGCACUCCUAAGCCCCACCGUAUGAUAUCCCCCCCCGCGGCGUUCCCCUCAGCGCUCAGUAACCCUCAAAUGGCAAUGGCUACAAUGCGCAUCACAACCUCUACCCUCCUCCCACUCCUCCAAAUCCCCUACUCCCUGGCCAUCUCCCUGUUACAAUUCCUCACCAGCCUCCCACCUCUCCUGUGCGUGAUACACCACAUCCCCUCCACCGCUCAGCUCUGCACGUGUGCCAACCAGCGGCCCGGCGCCUCCCUCAGCCCUUCAAAGCCCAAUCAUGUAAUCACAUCACCGAAGAAAGCAUACCCGGAGCGGAACUCCAGGCUGUUGAUUGCAGAUUUGCCCUGAUACGAGCGCCCAUUUCGACGGAUCACCGAAAGGGACCGGACGUGCAUGUUUUGAUAAGUAACACGGGGCACCCACACCCCUAGAGAACUUCCAUAGGUCACCGGAGCGGGAGAUGUGCGGUGGACGUGGAUGAAGAAUGCCUGGUCGAUGAGAAACCCCGGCAGGUGGUGCGUCUAUCCUCAAGGUAGCAAAGCGUUCUCCCUCCCCAGAAGGAGGACGAGAAACGGUGGGGGGGGGUAGCAACCCCGCUACCGUACUCCAGCAGCAGAAGCAGGAGCAAAAGAACAAGAUCAAAGUCUAUCCUAAAGGUCUCUUCAAUAUUCUCGGUUAUCCGCUGCUUUCCCGUGCGACAGCCUUUAUAUACGCCUCCCACACCCCCACCCCCCUCAAGUAGAUCCUUCGUAAUCCAAUCUAGUUCUCUGCGCUCCCCCGGCAUGGAAUCGGGUCUCGGCACGUACCAUAGGGGUCCUGUAUGCGACACUCAGACCAAUACAAUACACACAGAGGUUGUGGCUGGGCCGGUAGAUGCCAUCGAUUGGUGUGGUGGAGAUAAGGAAGGAUGGAGGGGCGCGGGGUUCGGGUUUGAGGUUGUGCGAAGAACCAAGUGGAUAGCGGGUCACUCGAGGAGUGAGAGGUUGUGAUUUUGCAAGCGGGUGGGAGUGACAGGAAAGAAGUGGAGGGUGUAGCGCUUUUUGACCAUUCAGUCGAAUACCGUA